GCAGCGGUGGCGGAACGAAAUCUUUUUACUGGUUAGCACCCGAACAAUAUUUAGGCAACAAAUUAGAAGCAUAUAAUUCCAAUUUCUUAUUUAAAAUGCAGUGGGUAGUUAUGAGGGGAGAUACCAGCGGUGAACCUAUCAAAGGACCCAAUAUUGUCAUGAUGGGAAGCAAUGGUUUAAAAAUAGGAUGUGGUGAUGAAAUUCACACAUCGUCUAAAUUGGCAUCUCAAAUCAAACUCAACGAAUUGAACUGGUACCAUAUCCCUAAUAACAUAUCGGAUAUCACAAAAGUAAACAGCAACAUUUAUCAUGGCAGAAGUGUUACUAGAUUUGAGUUUCUGAGCAUUCUUGUGAACGUAACGAAUAUAUUAUUAAGAUCUACAUUUCACACUGAUCAAAUUGAAGCGUUGUUGGAAGAAGCCACAUUGGAUAUUGGUGAAGAUGAAUAUGGGUAUAGCAGUGUAGAAAGAUGUUCUUGUCCGUCUGGUUACACUGGGUUAUCUUGCGAAUCAUGUUCCUUCGGUUAUGUUCGUAUUCAAACGAAUACUUCUGUUAAUACAGAGCAAAGCUUUUGUGUCAAAUGCGACUGUAACGGACACUCUUCCACCUGCAAUCCAGAUACAGGAGAAUGCUCAUGUCAACACAACACCAUGGGUGAAAAGUGUGAACGUUGCGCCCCUGGUUUCUACGGGAAUCCAAUUCGAGGCACUUCCGAUGACUGCAAAAAGUGUGCUUGUCCUUUGGAGAACGACGAGAACAACUUCAGUCCCAGCUGUCAACUUGACUACUUUGUCGAGAGGGAGGAAGAUGAGGGCAAUUACGUCUGUACUCAGUGUCCGAAGGGAUAUACAGGAGAUCACUGUGAAAUAUGUGAUGAUGGUUAUUAUGGAAAUCCCAUGGAAAUUGGAAAUAGCUGUCAACCAUGUGAUUGUAACGGCGGACCAUGUGAUCGUAAAACUGGACAAUGCCUCAGUUGCCGGGGAAAUACAGAAGGUUGGAAAUGUGAGAAAUGUAAACCUGAACAUUAUGGAGAACCUUCUCAUUUCAACUGUAAGGCUUGCGAAUGUGAUCCGAUUGGUUCAGUAUCAAGACAAUGUGACAAUGUCACAGGCCAAUGCGAAUGCAAAGAAAAAUUCAUCGGAAGGAUAUGUUCAGAAUGUGAAAGUGGAUUUGGGAAUGUUACCGCCCUUUGUGUGCCGUGCAGCUGCAACAUUAUCGGUUCAACUUCAGAAAUAUGUAACAGUCAUACAGGAAUUUGUGAUUGUAAGCCGGGAGUCGAAGGAUUUCACUGUGAUGCCUGCCAAAAUAUGUUUUAUGGAUUCUCUGAUACAGGAUGCAAACCCUGCACUUGUGAUCCGGAUGGUUCUAUCUUCCUUACUUGCAAUCAAACUACAGGAGCGUGUUUUUGUAAACCGCAUUUCACAGGAACUGAUUGUAGUACAUGCGAGGAUAAUUAUUGGAGAAGAAAUAACGUAUGCACAGAGUGUAGAUGCAAUCCAUAUGGUACUAUCCCUAACACCAUAUGUGACAAAGAAACUGGAAAAUGUCAAUGCAAAUCGGGAGUAGCUGGAGACCAAUGUACUAGUUGCUUACCAGAUCAUUACGGAACAAUCCAAACCAGUUGUCAAAAAUGCGAUCCAUGUGACAAAAAGGGACAUAUUUGUGAUCCGAAAAACGGCAAAUGCAUUUGUCCUCCAUUAGCAAGUGGAAAAUAUUGUGAAAACUGUGUUGAGAAUACUUGGGGUUACGAACCGGGCAUAGGAUGUAAGCAUUGCAAUUGUUCCAAUACUGGUAGCUCAAGUCAACAGUGUGACCGAAUGAGAGGAACCUGCAGUUGUAACUUAGGAUUUGAAGGGGAAAAAUGUAACAGAUGCAGCUUUGGUUACUACGAUUAUCCUAAUUGCAAGAAAUGUGAUUGUGAUCGAAAUGGUACCCAUGAAGGACAGUGUCAGAAUGGUCUAUGUAAAUGUGAUAACAGAGGAGGAUGUAAAUGCAAGCAAAAUGUGGAAGGAAAAUAUUGUGAUCGUUGCAAAGAGAACUAUUACGGACUUUCUAUAGAAAAUUCAAAGGGAUGUACGGAAUGUUUCUGUUUUGGUAGAAGUAACACUUGUGAAGACGCGCGAUACCAUUGGAGUAAAACAACAAGAUUAGAAAGAGAUUUGGAAGAAGAUAACAGAAUAACCGAAGAUGAACUCAGCCUGCCAAAAGCAUUCUUAGGCGAUAUUACAGCUUCAUAUGGAGGACAUUUAAUAGUAGAAAACUCUGGUGGAUACUUUGACGUCUUUUUGGAAGGUAAUAACAUACAAAUAUCGUCCAGAAAUGAUCACAGUGAACUACAGAUGACAGAAUCCGGUAAUUGGCGAGUUAUUUCAAAAAAUUUGGAUUUUUCUAACGAAUGCAUCGAUAAAUUAACACGAGCAUGUUUCAUGGUGAUAAUUCAAAAUGUUACUUUCUUCAUGAUCAAGGCUAAUACCAGGAUUAAGGAAGUUCUUCUGGAUAAAGCAACUAAUGAAGACUCCGAAUAUACGUUGACUCAUUCUAUAGAAAAAUGUAAUUGUCCUGCUCAAUAUACAGGACUUUCCUGUGCGGAGCCUAGUAAAGGAUACUACCGAUACUUUUCUGAUGACCCUAAACUUUCUUGGAUAGAUCGAGUUAUAGGAAUUGCUAAGAAAUGUGAAUGUGGAGGAUAUUCUGAAGAUUGCGAUCCAGAAACAGGACAGUGUAAAAACUGUGUAGAUCAUAGGAGUGGUCCACACUGUGAUAAAUGUGAAGAUGGUUUUUAUUUAGACAACGACAACCACUGUAAGACUUGUCUUUGUCCUUCAGAACAACAAAACAAUGCUAAAAGUUGUUCUCUUGAAAGAAACGGUGGAUUUGUUUGUCAGUGUAAAAAAGGAUAUACUGGACCAUAUUGUGACAAAUGCGAUAGUCAAUAUUAUUCACCAUCAAAUUCAUCAGUCUGCGUGCCUUGUGAUUGUAACAGAUAUGGAAUUGUAGCUGAGCAUUUUGGAAUUUGCGAUGAGGAGGGUAGAUGUCAAUGUCAAGAAGGAUUUAAAGGGGACAAAUGUAAUCAAUGUGUCAAAGAAAGAGAAUAUAUAAAAGAUGGAAUAUGUAAAUCUUGUGAUGAAUGUACAAUGUUACUCUUUGAUGAAAUAGAUAAAAUGAGAGCAGACGUUCAAAACGUUUAUGAUAUGUUCAAAAAUGGAAUCGGUCCGCCUUGGAAAAAGCUCGCAGACUAUUUGAAUGAACACGACAUGCUAUCCGAAAAAUACAAAAACAAAAGGGAUCAAUUCGAUAAUAUCUUAAAAGCGAACAACAUAGUCGAAUAUCAAGCUAAAGUUAACGAUUUGAAAGAGAGAACGAUCAAAGAUAACGAAGUUCUAGAAGAGAAUAUUAAAAACGUAGAUAAGUUGAAUGAAAAAUCCACUGAACUUGUUAACGAAGCUAAUGAAUUGAGCAAAAAGCUCAUAAACAUUAUAGAUUCUUUGAAAAGUUUUGGAAAUAAGCAUGUCAGUUUAUCGGAAGCGUUAUCUAAAGCUCGGGAAAUACUGAAAAACAUUCAACAGACUUCAAAUCGAAUAGAUGAAUUAAAUGAUCAAAAAAUCUUUUAUUAUUGUGCGAAUAUCAAUAAAAAAGUGGAUGAAAUCUAUGGGAAUCCUCCUAAAGUGCCUCCUAAUAACAUCGAAGAUAUAAAAAAUAUAUUAAACGCCCUUUUUGAUUUGCUCUCAUACAUAGACAACCUGGCAAAAUUAGCCGAUGCUAAAAACACUGACAACUCCAGAAGACUAGAAUCUGUCAAAGAGAAAUUUGAAAGAAUCAAGAGUAAAAAUAAAGAAAUCACCACUUCUUUCAACGACAUCGUAAAAAAACUAAAUGGUACCGAGGAUGUAUUAGAAGCAUUGGAGAUAGUUUAUAAAGAUCUGGUAGAAAUAUCGGAUUUUAAAGAAUACGAUGAACUAGACGAUAAAGUAGAAAAGCAAACACAAGAAAUACCUGAAGCCCAAGAAUUGUUUGAUAAAGCAGUAGAACAUGUGCAAGAUCUAGAGAAAAAAGUUGAAGAAUAUCACAGCAUGUUCAACUUCACCAAAGAUGAAUGGAAAAAAAUUAACGCAAGUGGAGCUUACGAGACCAUUAUACAAGGUAUAAAAGAAGCCCGAGAUAGUUUAACACAAACCAAAGAAGCUAUUAGUCAAGCAAAGAAUAUAAUUGUGCCAGAAGGUGGAGAUAGUAUAGACACAGUAUCAAAUUUAGCUCAAACAUAUUCUGACAGAUUAAAACAGAGAAUAAAUAAUUUAAAAAUGAUUUCGAACGAUUUCAACAAAAUCAAAGGCAAACUAGAAGAACUUGGUUACAGUAUAAUAGAAAACGGUAAAGCAAACAACGAAGUAGUACAAAACGCAAUUAAAACUGAUAAAUAUAUAACAUCUCAAGAAGAACAAGUAGCCAGAGUGAAAAAAGCCAUAAAAACCGCUUCCGAAGUUUCUGAAAGAAUGAGAGAUAUUUAUAAAAAAACAGAUGACAUAGCAUUCGAUAAACAGUUCAACUUCGAUAAAAAAUAUCAAAAAUAUCAAGAACAAAUUGACCCCAAAGAUAUAAAUCGAAUAAAUUCUGAGAUGAAAGCCGCGAGAGAAGCACUUAACAACCUCCGAAUUCCCCAGGCUCCAAACACUUCUAAAGAGAAAAAAGAUUCUGUGGACAAACUAAGUAAUGUAGAAAAGAAACUAAAAGAAUUGCAAAAUCUAAUUAGUUUAGCAAAACAACAAGUGGAUGGCGUUGACGUUCCAAUAAAUCCGAAGAAUUGCUACAUGGCGUAUCAGUUACCGAAAUCCCAAUACUUCCAAAGCCUUUCCAUUACGUUCAAUUGCAAUGACUGCACAUUAUUUAACUGGACAAAACCCAGUGGCGAAUCGUUAUCAAUAAGUGUUAGAGACAAUAUGGUUACUGUAACUAUAGAAGAAGAAGAAAUUAACGUUAGCGGAAUCGAAACCGGAGAAAAUACGGUAUCAAUACAUAAGACAGGCAGUUUAUUAAAAGCACAAGUAGGACGACAAGAACGAAGUAAGCGAUUACAAAAGUCGAGAAUUCCAAUGACUUACAUCAAUACUAACGACUUCUUAGAACUGGGAGAUAAAGACGAAGUCAGUGACAGUAAAGAAAUUUCUUAUAUCUAUAAAGUUAUACUUAAUGGUGAGACCUUUGGAGUGUGGAACUUUGCAGACACUAAUGGAAUUUGUAAAGGUCAAAAAAGGAACGUUGUGGUUGACGAAACGUUGGAUGAUCUCUUCAACGGCAAAGGUUAUUUAGUAUAUGAAGUUAAUACUAAUUUGAAUCCCAAACAAUUCUCAGUAGUAUUUGAGUUUAGUACGUUCGAUGAAAACAGUAUCAUCUAUAUUGCAGCACAUUUCCCCACUUGCUCUUACUUCACUUUGUAUCUUGAAAAUGGCCACGUCCACUUCAUUAUCCGCCUGAAAAAUAAAGAAGUCGUCGAACUGGAAGAUACCCAAAAAGUAAACGAUGGAAAAGUACAUUCGGCAGAAAUAAGUUGGAAAUUGAAUCAAAAACAUUCGAAAUUCGAUAUAACAUAUACGUUAGCUGUAGAUUUCAAUAGAACAUCGACACCGCCAAAACCUAUAAACGCAAGCAACGUCUUCAAAUUGAAAGAAACCAAACAUUAUUUAGGAGGAGUACCACCUACCUUUGACCAGAAGUGUAUUCCAGUGCAUGGUGUACCUUUAUUAGGAUUUCUUAAACUGAGAUCUCAAUUGACAAAUGUCAAUAUUUCAUACGGUAUUACCAAAGCUAAAACGCUGGCUUUCACUCAUGCCUGGGUGAAUGAACAAGGUUACCUCAAUUUAGAUUACCCGAAAGAAGUAAUCAAAACUUUCAAUUACAUUUUCCGGCCUAUAAAAAGUGGAACUAUAAUAAAAUUCAAUGAUGCCCAAAGUAUUGUUUUACUAGACUCCGAUAUUAUUUUAAAUGGUGAAAAAAUUGAUAACACAAAUAUCACUUUGGAUGAUUACAAUUCAAUAGAAUUGAAAAUGGGUACCAAUAAAGAAGUAAUUGUUAAUGGUAAAAAACAAAAAAUUUUCAGUCCUGAGGGGAUUACAAUCACAAACGUUCAAAUUGGUGGAAAACAAGGAGGAUUUGUUGGAGGAAUUCGAGAUAUAAUCAUCAAUGACAAGCUUAUUCAAUUUGAAAAUACAACUAUAAAAGAAUUUGAAAAUGUUGAAAUCGGUAGGGAGAAGCCAGUUGUCGAAUCAAAUAUAAACGUCAAAAGUUUAAUGAUGUUGAAUAUGACAAAUUCAAUGCAAAAUACCGAGAGGUGUACAGAAUUUGACGAUAACGAUAUUCAAGGAGACGCUAUUAAAUUCGGGGAUAAACCAAACAGCUAUACAUUCAUUAAAACAAAAUUUUGGAGGACGAACUUCACGUUACAAUUUGAAUUUAGGACUUUCUAUCCAAACGGUGUUAUAUUCGUAGCUAGUAACAAGAGGAAAAAUUACAUCCUAUUAGAAUUGAAAGAAGGUCAACUCCAAUUGAAUGUGGAAGGCCGAAAGAAGCAAGCUAAGACGCUGCCAAUAAAUUCCGGUAAAAUAAACGAUGGACAAUGGCAUCACGUUAGAUUAUCCAGGAAAUUGAAAAAACUCACUGUUAUUCUUGAUAGAGAAAACAAACCCAAUCGAAUAAAUUUGAGAAUCAAACCGAAAGAUGAGAUUUAUUUUGGAGGAGUAGAUCCACGUUCAGAGUACACAGAUAUACCCGAUUUGAAAAGUCGUCUACUACCGUUUAGGGGUUGCAUGAAAUCAUUAGAAAUCAAUAAUGAACUGCAGUUUUUAACAAAUAACAAAAAUGUACUGCACUCCAAUAUUACAUUAUGUUUUUCGAAAGUUGAAGAAGGAACAUACUUUGGAGGAGACGCCUAUGCUGUUUACAAAGAAGAUUUCCGAAUCACCGAAAUACUGGAAUUGAGCUUUGAAUUCAGAACUUCCGAGCAAAAUGGGAUGUUACUGAGUGUUUCCAAUAACGGUGAUUCGCCCGCUCUUUCCGUAGAACUACAAAAUGGCGCUAUUGUGAUGGCGGUAAAUUUAGGAAAUGGAAUAACUAUAAAUGUAACCAACAAUCUCGAUUCGGAUAUCGCUUUAUGUAAUAAUAGAUGGCACAACGUCACUGCUUUGUAUUCGAAUUCAGAACUUACAGUUAACGUGGAUGGAAUAAGAAAAAGUUGGGUACAAAGUGAUCCUGGUUCGGCAAUGGACGAUAUGGAAGCUCCAUUGUAUAUAGGAGGAUUACCUGAUAAUGCACCUACUGGAACAUUAAAAACAUUUACAAACUUCAAAGGCUGUAUAAGAAAACUGAAAAUUGAAAAUCAACCGAUGGAUUGGACAGAUAUGAAAGAAUUGAAUAAUGUUUUACUAAAUUCAUGUCCGGUAUCAUAAAAUAGUAGGAAUAGUUAAGAUGACGUGAAAAAACCAAAACCAAAUCAAUUUAAAUUUAACCGUUUAAGAAUCAAAUCAAAUUGUUAUAAUUUAUUGGUCCCAGAAAGAACUGCAAGUGAGAAAGAUAUUACUUGCAAAACUACUGACUAUAUUCUAAAAUAUUCGAAAAAAAUAUAUUUUCCAACAAAUAUUCGAUUCUGUAAUGGUUGAAUGUUAUUGCUAUAGUAUUAUAUUAAUAUUGUAUUAUAAAACCUCACUGCCAAUAUAUCCUGUACAUAAUUAUGUAAAUAAUUAUUUAAUUUUUGUACAACUGCCAUAAACUUAGUUCAAUGAUGUAAUAAUUUGUGGAUGUUUUGUAUAUAGUAGGUAUUCUCCUAUAUUAA